UGGUAUUGCAAUAUUGUGGACUGAACAGCUGGUGAAUUUCCCACUGCAAAGAAAGCUGUUAUGCUACACUUGGCUUAAAUGCUACCAAAAGAAUUUUACCUUUUUUAAACCCUUACCUUCUGUUUUAGUAUCAGAUUUUAGAAUGGUUCUAAGGCAGAGGAUUGAUAAGGACUAGGCAAUAGGGGUUAAGUGACUAGUCCAGGGUCACAUAGCUAGGAAGUGUCUGAGGUCAGCUUUGAACCCAAUACAGCUUCCUGGCUCUCAAUCCAUGGAGCCAGCUAGCGGCAUCCCUAGUCUUAUUUUUCUUGACAAAUAUUAUCCUUAGUGGGAGGCAAAGGAUCAAAGGGGCGUGGCCCUAGGUAUCAGGGCGGGGCUUUGCUCGCGCAUGCGCUCUGUAGCACAGAAGAUGGCUGCCUCCAGCCAGUUGUGGUUGUUACUGGCUUUUCUCUGUGCCUCCGACCUGCUCCAGUACUUAAUCUCGGCUAAAGAGGCCACGAAGGAGGAGACCCAGCCACCUCUGCUUCAGAAGAAGAAAAAAAACAUUCUUCAGUACAACGAUGAGGACAUGGAGCAGCUGCUGAAGCAAUGGGAAAAAGAUGAUGUUUUAGAAGAAUGGGAGCUUCCCCAACAACGAAAACCACUAGAUACCUCUCAAGCUGCACCUGGCAAGCCGGACAGCGUUCUGAAAAUGACGAAAAAGGGAAAAACCCUUAUAAUGUUUGCAACAGUGUCAGGAAAUCCCACAAAAAAGGAGACGCAAGAAAUAGGAGGCUUAUGGCAGUGGAGCCUUUUCAAUGCCAACUAUAACCUCCAAAGAGUUACUGUUGGGACAGAUGUUGUCAUCUUCAUGCUUCCUGAUGGGAGCAAAGCCUGGGAGAUCAAAGAAUUUUUGGUAAAUCAAGACAGAUGUGCCGAUGUGACUCUACAAGGGCGGGUAUACCCUGGCAAAGGAGGAAGUAAAAACCAAACGAAAGCAUCGGUCAAGAAAAAGGAGGCAGAUGAGAAAACUAGGUCCUUUAAAGAAGUUAGUCGAGGAAUAAGGCGGAGAGAUGACCUAUGAUGGAUUGGUUAAGUGAACUUUGAGAGGUGAAAUGAGAAAGACAUCAAUAUUUCUACUGUAGUUUUUGAGGAUUGAGGAAUCAGAAACAAUACAGUGAUUACUCCAGUGAAAUUCCUAAUUUGGAGUUGAUGUGGGUCAGCAAGGAUUAUAAUGUUUUAAAAGACUCCAGUGUAAAGAUGGAAAUUUACUUAUUUGAAUAGUUUUUAGUCACAAGAAAGUUAAUAAUAUAAAAUCACUUUAAAUUGUGACAUAUUUACACAUAUUUUACCUGUUUAAAAUUGUCCAGUGUGGAUUGUACUUCCUUAUAAACAAGUUUAAGCAAGGCCAUCUCUCUGUUAAGAGUAUUUUUCCUGUUCAAAAGAGGACUACUCAAUAUCCAUCAAACUAAUUAUUCUUAUUGGUGGUGAGGAAAAAGGAUAUGUUAGAAGGUUAUAUUCAUAUGGGCCAUUAAAACUUUAUUUAUUUAA